GUGCUUGUGAACAUCGAAAGAUCAAGUCCUUCUUGAUUGUUUUAACUUAAACGAAUGAACAACGAAAAUGUUCAUACUUACAUAAUAUAAUAUAUUGCGUAUAUUACUAUUAUAUAUUACUUAGGUCCGCUUCUGCUGAUGUAGAUUAAUACUAAUCACGGUCUAAUUUCUAUCUUUUUCUAGUUUUACUUUUAAAAUAUAAUUAGAAAAAAUAGAAAAUUAGUUAAACUGAGUUUAAAAUUAACUUAUAUUGAUGAAAGCGAGCCUUAGAGAUAAUUAAUAAGUCUGAACGAAAAGUUAUUUGCAUGAACCGCUUCUAUAUGUGCGUAAAAUACAUUGUGAAGAACAAUUUGCAAUUGUAAUUGCUACUUAAUUAAUUAAUUAAAAAACAUAUACAAUAUGAUUAAUUAACUUAUAAAUGUUGUUAUGGGAUAGUCAAUUUUAUUAUUUGUAUUCUUAAUAUAGUGCUUAAAGAUAUUUUGAUUUCUUCGAUUUGUAACGCGCACUUUUGCAGAACAAAUCUAGACUACCUGUAUCUUUGUUUACAACUGCGCUUCUCGAUUUUUUUAAGUGCUGACACGUAAAUCGAUUGUAUCUCAAACUUUUUUCUGCGUACGACUUUUUCGACUGAUGUCUCUUUACUGUAAGUGCUUGUACAAUAAAGCUAUGUUUGUUAAAAUAAACAAAUCUUGAUGUAAAAAUCAUCUUGUUAUUAUCACAAUCUGUCUCAAACCUAAUCACACAAAAUAAUUUAAUAUUAAAUUAUUCAUCUAUUUAUUAUACUAUUAAUACUAUAAACGUACACUAUUGAUUUCACUGCGUAAACAUUGAACAAAUGAAAAGUACAACGAGCAGAAUGGAAAAGUUCCAGCGUGCAGCACUGAACUUUAAAUCGUGACGUGUUAUCAUUAUGCAUGUGCACAUUACGUGCAGAUGCAUCAGCUACCUGAGGAAUGAGCGCGAUAACGAAUGUAUUUACGGUAUUCUCAUUAACCCGCAAAUUUGUCCAUAGUUCAUGGCACAAAAUGGCGAAUUUACGCGAAUUCUAACUUGUACUUAUGCGAGGAGCGAGCCGUUCAAACUUUGCUAGAGUUGAUACUGAAGAAACGUACUACGCAGAUGCCUAUCGGUCGGAUCGAAUCGCGAAAACAAAAACCCGUCGGCGCGCUCGCAAAGUCGCCUGUGACCCACUUUGUGCUUUCUACCGGACAAAUGUAAAUAAUGUGAUAUUAUUGAACUGCCAGGGGCAAAUCGUUUAACGCGAUGCUCACGCGCGGUUUGUUCUGAUCCUCGAUAAAAUUGUGGCGGAUUGCGUUUGUUCGUCGAGAAAAUGCAGCGCGAAGUAAUGCAUUUUAAAAUUGGAUAAUUGAAAUGUACAUUGGAACAGUAGUCUGCCAUUUUGUAAAUUUGUUAAAUAAUAUGUAUCAUUAUUCGUGUGAGAAAUAAUCUAGCAAAAUUUAUGAGAGCAAAUGAGAUAAAAGAGGAAACAUUAAAUAAUAAAUGACAACUAUAAAUUAUUUGUUAAUAAAUUAAUAAUAAAUCAAUAAUAGGAGCCAUGUUAUUAUUAGAUGUGUCUCAAGUAAUAACUGCCUUUGAUUAAGCAAUAUAACGAAAUAUUAAUUAAAGCCUCAAUGUUAAAAAAUGCUGCUAAACUGUAACUUAUAGAAACACGCGAUUUCUAUUAAUCUAAAAUCUCGGGAGACAAAUUUAUGAUUUAGCAUACCUACGUCUAAGGAAAUUUAUCAGUAUAAUAUCUAAUCAAUUUAGGUACACACACAAAUAUGGAGAUUCGACGGCCAACAGUUAACGCUUUGCCAACACGCAAAGUUCAUCUGACUGCCAUAAGUCAAGUCCACCGGAGAAACUUCUCGCAGAUUAAUUUCUAGAAUUCUAGCGGACAAAAAAACGAAUGACCGAACUGUUUUCAGAUCUAUGAUUCGGGGGUGGUUACGUACUAAAGAGGUUUAGCAAAUUCAACGGGAGUCUUCACCGUGGCUUCGACGGGGGAAUACAAUCGCAAAUACUGAUUAUAUCUUUUAUGUCUUUCCUACAACCUUUAGGGGUUUGCCUGAAUUAACGGUGAAGAACGAGUAACCAUGGUUGCCCGGAACCGCCAACCAAUAACGAAUCUGUAAUGCGGCAGGACUACGACCUGGAAACCCCUGCUCCCGCCUGUUUUCGUGCUCGGCGACUUCGAGCCCGAGGAUUUCGAUCGAAACCUUCCCUGUAGGCUCGAACGAAGGGGCACUACCUAGAUCGCUCCCAUUGACCGUACGACCGCCGCACGGGACGCAAGCCAAUCAGACUAUGCGUCUGACUUUUUAAAGUCCCCCCGCGAAUUAUCGAUUCAAAGUGUAAUAACAAUAAGAUUAAAGUAAUAAAAUUUAAGCACAGUUUUAACGACAAGUAGAUACGGAGAAUCAUGGAGUCCUGCGGGAUGAGCCUCGUCAAAUACAUACUUUUUGUCUUCAACUUAAUCUUCGCGAUAUCUGGCAUAGGAAUUAUUGCGGCUGGCGCGUUAGUUUUAGCAGAUGUCGGCGAAUACAAUCACUUCAUGGAAGGCAGGAUAAUAGCACCGCCUAUAGUGCUUAUAGUUGCAGGAGUUAUUGUUUUCAUUAUAGCUUUUCUAGGAUGUUACGGAGCAAUAAAGGAGAAUUACAACAUGUUAAUUGCGUUUGCGGCCGCGCUGUUAAUAAUCUUCGUGAUCGAACUCGCGGUGGGCAUAGCGGCGGCAGUGUUUAAAAAUGAUUUUAGCAUUGCGAUGAAGGAUACCCUAAAGGAAUCAAUGAAAAACUAUACGGAUAUGGACAAGCAAGCCUGGGAUAACGUACAGAGAAAGUUACAAUGCUGCGGUGUGGAUGGUCCUAGAGAUUGGAUCAAUGGAUAUAGUGUUACAAAUCGAGCAGGAUUACAAGGUUCAUUUCCAAUUUCCUGUUGCAAUGAUACACAAACGAUAUGUCAAACAUAUAAUGCAUAUCAGGAAGGAUGCUUUAGUAAGCUGGAAAUGCGAGUUCAGAAUGGUGCUACAGUUUUGAUUGGUGUUGGAAUCGGAAUAGCUUUUGUGGAGAUUGCCGGUAUUGUCCUUGCUUGUUGCCUUGCCAUGGCCAUAAAAAAGGAAAGUAAUAAAUGAAACGAAGUGUAUUAAUUUAAUUUUAUGCUGCGUCAGACUAAGCUUCAAAAUUCACUGUUUUGCGAUAAAAAUAGAAUAAAAUUUUCAUCGGCUUAAUACUCACGAAGCUAAAAGAUUUAUAUUUAUCCAAUUAAAAGAUUUAUAUUUGAUUAACAAACGAGAGAGGCAAAUCC